AUGAAACUCAUCCCCGUUCUCGCUGCUCUCUGUGCCGGUGCAUACGCGCAGAGUAUCAACAUUGGCGCGCCCGCGUCGGGUACCACCAUUGCGACCGGAGAUGUGGUUGUCCAAGUCAACCGCCCUGAUUCGCUCACCGGAUCUGAGGAGGUCGCCAUCGUCAUCUCGAUUGCUCCUUGUAAUGCAUACGGUACCUGCUUCGACCCCGCGGACCGCCUUGGCACGACCCUUUACAAGGGACCCUACAACCCCCAGUUCCCUCCGCACAACACUCCCCAGGAUGAGCCUCAGCAGAAGUUCACUGUCUCCAUCCCGGAUUCGUUCGCGGGCGAGAAAGCACUUCUCAGUGUUGUUCACCUUUCUCUAGUUGGGGCUGGGCCUGUUCCGCUGUUCGAGAUCGUGAAUGCAACAGUGAAUGUCGUAGCGAACUAG